AUGCCCGGCUUCGACUUCUCAAACUACAACCGCAAUGCGGCCCUCCACGCCCGAGGUGUCCCCCUCCCCAAGGCGACGAGCACAGGUACCACCAUCGUAGGAUGCAUAUUCGACGGCGGUGUUGUGAUUGCCGCCGAUACAAGAGCAACUUCCGGUCCCAUCGUCGCCGACAAGAACUGCGAAAAGCUGCACUACAUCGCUCCCCAGAUUUGGUGUGCAGGAGCCGGUACCGCCGCCGACACCGAGUUCACCACGGCAAUCAUAUCCUCCAACCUCGAGCUCCACGCCCUCUCCACGGGCCGCAAGCCCCGCGUCGUCACCUGCAUGACCAUGCUCAAGCAGAACCUCUUCCAGUACCAGGGCCACAUUGGUGCCUACCUCGUCGUCGCCGGCGUCGACCCCACGGGAACCCACCUCUUCACCGUCCACGCCCACGGUUCCACCGACAAGCUCCCCUACGUCACCAUGGGCUCCGGCUCCCUGGCCGCCAUGUCCGUCUUCGAGACCCAGUGGAAGCCGUCCCUGACCCAGGACGAGGCCGUCAAGCUCGCCAGCGACGCCAUCCAGGCCGGUAUCUUUAACGAUCUCGGCUCCGGAAGCAACGUCGACGUCGCCAUCAUUACAAAGGACAAGACCACCCUUAAGCGCGGCUUCGUCAAGCCCAACGAGCGUAGCGCUAAGCUCAAGAGCUACGCCUUCCAAAAGGGCACCACGGCCGUGCUCAACGAGAAGAUUAUCAAGAAGAACGAGAUUGGCCGCUACGUGAGCGUAACGGAGGUGCCGGCCGGUGAAGCGAUGGAGGUUGAUACCUAG